ACCCGUUCCCGAAGGCCAUUGACCAUUGUCGCCGACCAUGACAACGACUGUCUUCUCUGACGCCGCCUGCGAGACAUCGCCUUUGCUCGCAGCGGCCAAGCGUCGUGCGCGCGGCUUUAAGUACCUUCGCUACGCGACUGUGGGCCUGGUCGUCUUCUUCCUCGCCGCCUACGUGGUCUUGUACUUUUGCAUUUCGCCGAUGGGAGCCGUCCGCAUCUACAAGGACAUGACUGUGCGCUGCUUGGCGUACGUCCACGUCGCGUCCGGGUCGGUCUGGCUCAUUGCGUCGACGCUGCAGCUGUUUCCGGGGUUUCGCACGUCCAACUUUGCGCGCCACCGCAGCGUCGGGUACGUGGCCAUCGGUGCGUGCGGCGUCUCGUUUGUCGCGGUCUGGGCCUUGUUUUUUGUCGCGGGGACGUCGCUCGAGGGGGGUCUUGGCAUCCUCCUCGCCUCCGUCGUCUUUUCGCUUGUGUGGGUCCACUCGCUGUACCAAGGCGUCCGCGCCAUUCAGCGCGGCCAAGUCGAGCUGCACCGCUACUACAUGCUGCGCGCGUAUGGCAUUGCGGGAGCGAUCAUCGCGAUGCGCCCGGGACUCAUUCUCCUCCAAAGCUUCUUCUCGACGCAGACCGAGGACGAUACGCGCUUGCGCCUCGGCAUUGUCUCGUGGGCAGUGUGGGCGCUCGCCUACAUGACCAUCGAGGCGUAUGCAACGACGUCGGCGUCAUUUGCGUCGCGCGCACGUACGUCCUUUGAGCCGUGCACCGUCGUCUCGAGGAAGCUCGUGUCGCCCGACAUGGCGCUGCUGGUUCUCGAGUCGCCCACGCACAGCGUGCUCGCCUACGCUACGCCUGGUCACCACGCUGCGUUGCGCAUUGCCGGCGCGACCCGGUCGUAUACGCCUGUACCUCUGGGGCUAGUCGCCAAGGACAUGCAGUGCCCGCACCGUAUCGGCUUGCUCGUGAAGAAAGUGCCGAAUGGCACCGUAAGUACGUUGCUCCACGACUGUGCGAUCGGCAGCUCCGUCGACGUCCUUGUGCCCAUCCCAAGCAGCAUAGCUCUAGAGCCAGAGUCGCACGCCGAGCUUGUCUUGGUCGCGGGUGGCUCGGGCUUGUCCACGAUGCUCUCGCUGCUGCAAGGCGCCAUCGACGAUCUGCGCUACAAGACCAUUCACAUAUUUGUUUACACGACAGCUGGAGCGCCAUUUCAAGACGAAUUGGACGCACUGGCGUCGCCGCUGCGGAUCGUGACGCACUUCAGCAACGACCGUCCGACGUCGUUUGAUUUUCGCGCUGUGGAUCCGAGUCGCGCUAUUGUCGCGGUGUGUGGUCCCAAGGGCUUUAUGGAGCUGGUGAUGGCGAGCUUCCCGGCAACGCCGCGCGUCAACAUGCAUGCGUUUGGCCUCGACGACAUGUAACUUGGAUACAAUUGUCGAUUCGGAUA